AUGGGAGCUGUGUAUUUGAUCAGUCGUAAAUGGGUUUUUGGCCGCGUUUUGUGUCGGAUUUGGGUCGCGGCCGAUGUGACGUUUUGUACUUGUUCGGUUGUAAGUUUUUCUUGUUUUUGUGGUUUUUUUGUUUUUUAUUAUAAGUGAAUAUCUUUCGAAUUUUUGUCAAACAUUGUAGGUCGCAGUAUGAAUUUUAACGUUCUUGCCCUUUUUUAAAGUUCUUGCCCUUUUAUCUAUGCUUUUCAAUUACUAAUCUUUAAUUAGUUAGAUAAACUUUUUUAAUUAUAUAGACAAUCUAUAGAACAAAAAGCCAGGAGACAUUCCGUUUAUCUGCUUCAUUUGGCUUUUAUGAUGCGACCAAACUCGUAUAGUAAUUAGUUUUUGAGUAUGAUGCAGGAAAACUGAUAGAAAAACGAACUAUAGCCACCAAAGCGUAGAACUCAGAAUUAUGAAUAACAAAAAUAGCAAUCAUUUUUUGGCCUCAAGACAAGCAAUACACACUUAGAGCACUAAGAAUUCUAGGCUUAGAAAAACUAAGCAUUCCAGCCCUAUAGACACUGAAAAUGCCACUCUCAAACAUACUAAACAUUCCAAAGAUAUAUAAAAAGUACUAUGCGAAAAAAUAGAGAACGUUGCUUGCAAGCGGUUUAAAAAAAGUAAUUGUUUGUUCAAACAUCUUCAGGUUACAAUAUGUAUCAUAUCAGCAGACCGCUAUUUGGCAGUGACACGGCCAUUACGCUACAAGAGUCUUGUUACCAAAUUCAAAGUCAUCGGCAUUAUGAUAUCAAUAUGGACCUUUUCGUCGUUGAUAUUACUAACGACGGUCAAAUGGGAAACGAAUAAGUGCGCGGAUGAGGUGAGUUGUAUUAUUCUUUAACAGGAUAUAAUAAUAAGUAUAUCAGUUGUAAAAGCAAAUAUAAUUUUUAUUUAUGUUUUUUUAAACACAGUACUGUUUUCAAUCAUUGCAUUUCAGUACGUGUGCUACGCUGGAAACGAGAUCCGCUACUUGGCGCACAGUGUAGUGUUCGCGUUUUUUAUUCCGGCUUCUGUUACUCUAACGCUAUAUUGGCGAAUCUACAAGUUAGCCAGGAACAGACAGAAAGCACUAGACCGUGGCUUCCUAAUGAUCCUUGGACAUAACAUGAACUUCUUAACGAAUACGCUCAGCCAAAAUGUAAGAAAAGUUCAUAUUGUACACAUAAAAUCACUCAAUAUACACUUAACAUAAUCAAUUUGCAUUUCACAGUUAGGAAAAUAAUUUUUAUGCUGUUGUAGCAUUACUAUAGGUCCUUUGGUUUCCUUUAGCGAAUUUUCAAAUUAAACUUCUUGUAUUGUUUUCAAAUUAUUAUGAAUAACUGUUUUCAGACCACAUUACGGGUACAUUUCGGAAACAAUAACGGUAUGGUUGAGCAUCAACGUCGUGUUUUACGAACUCAUGAACGUAUUGCCAAAACUCUGGGUGUGGUAUCUUGUUCAUUUUUGUUUUGUUGGUUGCCUUUCUUCUCGUUAUACCUCGCAAGCAAGUUUAUAAUUUAUAUUAUUUAUAGAUGUCAAAGCUUUUUGUAAUUUUGUUGACUGCGAAGGCCUUUGUAACAUUAGUUUUUACAUUUUUAAACCUUUAAAAAUCCAGAAAAUCCAAAAAAAGUCAUCCAACCCAACCACUACUUUCAGACUAUCAAUGUAAAGGAUGUGUUCCCACAAUAGCGAUAGACAUUGCCUCGUGGUUGGGUUAUUGCAACUCCAUGAUCAAUCCUAUAAUCUACUCUUUUACUGUAAAAGACUUCAAACGAUCUGCUUUGAGGUUAAUAUUACCCAUUUGGCAAUUUGUGUUCCACUGUUUACCAGUUAAAAUUCUACCAAAGCCUCCAGACCGCAUAGCUCGAGUAUCUCGAAGCGGUCAAAAGGCGAAAAAUCGACGAAACUUCGAGCCGAAGAACAGAGUUGGUCGGAAUGGAGUUAGCAAUGUUUCUAAUGGUAGAGCUAAACAACUGAUGAGUGAAGCUACUUUCAAUAAGACCACGUGAGUUUAACAUUGGCUUUGCCUCAAGAACACUAAUGAUAACAAAACAAACUAUGAAGCAUUUAUUCACUUUGUUACAGUUUAAACCGUAUUUUACAUAAACUUUAAGUAGUGUCAAGUCUAAUGACAAAUUUUCGGAGCUAAGAAGCACAGAAUUAUUUAAACAUCCUAAUAUAAAAUGACCUCUCAAAUCACAAGUUCUUUUCCAGAAUCCCGAGCGAACAAGUCCAAACCAUCGACAAAGAAGAACGACGUUCGUCCAACUCUUCCGACAACGACGAACUACUUAACAUAGCUUCUGUGGAUGACUUCACUGACCCUUCAAUCCUCACCGAUCCCACCACAACCAACUCCGAGUCGUUUUGCAUCGAGAAGAACUUUCGCUGGGCCAAACGCAAACGAAACAGUAGCUGUAAGGAACCGUUGACGAUGCCGGUGUCACGUCAUCACAUGAACACCACACGCUCCACACCAACCAAAUUAAGCGAAUGGUUGGAGAAGACGCGACGUGCUCGUAAGGCGGAGGAAACGAAUGCUCAAAAUGGUGGAAAUAUUAAUUCCUGGAAUUCGGUCAAGCUCACCGCCCGCAUGCGACGACAUUGGGCGUUUGGACAAAAGAAGUGCUCGCACAGUAUGGAGGCGAACGAUGGUGAUAGCAAAGGAACGCCUGACAUUGAAGAUUUGAAAAAGAGUUUGAAAGCAAUUGAUGGGAAGAGUGAGAUUGUGAUUGGUCAAAGGUACGAUUCUAACAGUACGUUGACGCCGAAUACUCCAAAAAGCAACAAUAUUGAGUAUCGUGGGUCUCAGAAAGAAGAUCUUAGGGUAAAUAACGAUCCUACGACUUUUGGAAAUCAAGAAUCAAGUAACGAUCAUAAGAUCACAAACUUUCCAAAUUCUGAAGACCAUAGCUCAAGUUCUAACACUCAAAACCUCCAAAAUCAAAAUUCAAUUUUUGAAAACAACUCUAACACAUCUUCAAAUAGACGUGGAACAUUAAACAAGUCCACGUCGAUUGAUCAUUCAUAUGGCUUAGCAGAGACACCACUGCUUUCGUAUCGACCAGUCGAAUGUCGUGGAGCGGCCCAAAUCAUUCGAGGUUCUUUUACACGUAAAAUGAAGACUCAUACGAGUAACUAUGAUCAAGAACACGGCUAUAAUAAUGAAAACAGCUAUGCUAACAACACACAUUACGGAAACAGCUACGAUAAGGACAGAUACGACCAAGACAAUCAUGGAAAACUAUACAAUAAUGACCAUGCUGGCUACAGAGGCCAAGAAUCUGAUAACGAAGACUACGUUGAAGACCCUCAAACACCCAAGGCUUCUGACGAAGAGCAUCCAGAAGAUCCCUGUACUCCCAAGGCUUCGCACUAUCGAUUGUACAACAACAUACGUCGAACUGAUUAUGCAAACUUUGGCAAGAACGACAACUUAACACCGUUGUUAAAUUCAGAUGCCGUUAAGGGCAGUGUAGAAAGCGUUAGGAUCUACAUGCUUACAGAAGAAGAAGACGUGUAA